UUUUUCAUACAUUUUCGAAUGUUGUCGAAUUUACCAAUUUAUUGUAUUAUGAUCUUAAUCUGUUAAUUACGAUGAAUCGACCAAAUCGCGUUCGAAGCAGUCACGAAGGUUAUGAAAGAAUGAAAAUUCACCAAGAACGCCGAGCAAAAACGAUAAUUGAAGCUGAAAUAUCACCUUGUCUAUUUAAGAAUCAUUCUGAUAAUUCUCGAACAAUUGGAGAAAUAGAGAAAUCGCUUGAAAAGAAAACGUUCUUUGACAAUGAAUGUUUCAAGAUAGUUAAAGCAAUGUCGCUGGCGUUAUCGAUAUUAAUCAUGUGUUAUUAUGGAUUAACGGAGUACAAUGUUUUGCAAAAUGGACAGGUCUUUCGUGGCCUUCCCACAAGAAAGACCAUCGUGUCUUUUAGCUUUGGUUACUCCGUCUCGCACUCCAUAAUAUCCGCCCUUGCAGCUAGCUUGCUUGUUUAUUCCAUUAUCAUGAAGCAGCCGAAAUUUAGUUUGCCUUUCAUAGGUUUCUUUUUGACAGAGCUGGUGUGCGAUUUUUGCGACAUGGUCAUAAUGAUUUGGUAUCUCUUCAAACAUCUUCAAAUACAAACUGCGUUACUUUAUGCCGCAAGUCUUCUUUUAAUGAUCUUAGCAGAAAUAUGGACGUGGCUGGGUGUUGUAUGGCUCUAUGAACACCGAAACUUUAAAGCACAUUAGAUGAU